AUGCCCUACGGAGACAGGCGCUGAGGCGCUCCUGCAGCCAUGCGCCGAAGCCCAGCCCUCAGCCAUGUCGGGGCAAGGGCCGCCCCGCCCGGGUUGCCAGGGGAGCGCCCGCCGCCAUGAGCGCCAAGCGGCUGCAGCAGCUGGUGGAGGCGCUGAGCCGCUCUGCCAGGCACUUUAAUAAAAGUGAGGUGGAAUGCCUCAUCAAGCUCUUCAACACGUUGGUGACCGCGUCCGGCGACCGGUUUGGUGCAGUCGGCUUCGAUCGCAACAUGUUCAGAGAUACCCUGCACAAGGCGUUCGGCAUGACGGAUGACAUGGUUAUGGACAGAGUGUUCCGCACUUUCGAUAGAGACAAUGAUAGCUGCAUCAGUGUGGAGGAAUGGGUGGAAGGUUUAUCAGUAUUUCUUCGGGGGACAUUGGAAGAAAGGAUUAAAUACUGUUUUGAGGUUUAUGACCUGAAUGGUGACGGAUACAUUUCAAGAGAGGAGAUGUUUCAAAUGCUGAAAAACAGCCUUCUCAAGCAACCAUCAGAAGAAGAUCCUGAUGAGGGAAUUAAGGACUUGGUAGACAUAGCACUGAAGAAAAUGGACUAUGAUCAUGAUGGCAAGCUUUCUUUUGCGGACUUUGAAAAAGCUGUCAGAGAUGAUAAUCUUCUCUUGGAAGCCUUUGGACCAUGUCUGCCAGACAUAAAGGGCCGUUUGGCAUUUGAAAAGAAAACCUUCAAGGAAAAUCGUAAACUGUAACACCACGUGGAAUACUGUUGCAAGAAUUCUCUUCUUCACCAUUCUUCAUGGUAUAGUAAAAAUAAAAACAACGCAAAACUAUUGAUUUCAAUAUUGCUUUAUUGUAAAAAAAAAAAUUGAAUAAAUAGAAUUUGCUUAUA